CCCUUCGCCUCUAGGCUCCCGAACCCAUCCUUGUGUCAGUAGAAUGGACGGCGACACUGAGGCGUAUAUUCUACUCCUGCUAUCCGACAGCAAUCUGCCGACAGGAUCUUUUGUGGCAUCGGCGGGUUUGGAAUCCUAUAUAACCCACGGGUUCUUCUCGUCUCUCACCCAGUCACUGCACCCACGCGACAAGACGGAUGCGACCAUGGAUUUCCUGCACGACAGCCUCAAGUCGUACGCAAGGAGUGCGCUCCCGUUCGUUUCCGAUGCACACACUGUCAUCCAAAGGCUGUUGGCCGAUUCUCAAGACCCGUCGGAACAGUCGUUGGAUACUGGCCUCAAGGCAAUCAUGGCUUUGGAUGAGCUCUACGAGUCAAUGACCCUCAAUCAUGUCGCCCGCCGCGCAUCUAAAUCACAAGGUGUCGCGCUCCUCACACUGUAUUCGAAGGGGUUCUCAAGACCAUCCACCCGGAGACAGCGUCAUGUCCAAGCAGCCAUGCCUCAUUCCGCUGAUAGCGAAACGUGUUGGGAGGCCCAGGCUGGAGUCUUUGUCGAGAGACUCAAGUUGCUCAUAAGGCAGGAGAAGACUCAUGGGCAUCUCCCUAUAUGCUGGGGUGUCCUUACUGCUUGCCUGGGAUUAUCCCUUGAACGGAGCCAAUAUCUUCACUUGUUCCUACAUGCCCGCAGUCUACUGUCCGCUUCAGUGCGUCUCAACACCAUAGGACCGUACGCCGCCCAGCAGCUCUUGCUACACGCUGUCAAACCCCUAGUCGAGGCAGAAGCCAUGAAGAACAGAGAUAUACGGACGGGAAUCGACCUGGAUAGUGACGCUGGUCUCGGUGGGCAGACCACGCAUGGGCCCGCAGUAACCUGGCCAUUGGGCGAGAUCCUGGCUGCGCGGCAUGAUCUCCAACAUUCGCGGAUUUUCAACAGCUGAUGCAGCUACGAACGACGUACAACACGAUUUCGCGUACACCUUGUGCAAGCCGUGCCGACACUUCCGCCUGCGAACGUACGAGACUGGCAAGGUACGACACCAUGAGUGUAUCCUAUGGAGGGUGAGAUCCUCCGUGCUCGUGCCUAG